AUGUCGGCUACCAACCAGAUCCAGCGCAAGCCGUCGGGGCGCAACCCGCUCCGCACAGUCUGGCGCGAGACGUACGAGGUCUGGGACGGGGUCUGCCACGGCGUGGGGAAGGCCUAUUUCAAGAUCACCGGCAAAUGGUGGCCUGCUUCACCGUUGCCGUCGGUCAAGUCGACCCAGGCCUAA